AUGAUAAUAUAACAUUAACUUAACUUGUGUAGUUAGUUGACGACCUCUUCUCUUCGUUUUUAUUUUUUAUUUUAUAUAUUUAUAUAUAUAAGAUAUUAAAAGAUCAGAUUAUAUCAAAGGAGUAACGACGGGGUUAGCUGCUUAGUCAUCGACGCCUUCCAAAAUCAAGUGGCAAACCAUUUUGCCAGCUUACUAUAAAGAUACUCUUUUAAUAUCGAUUCUUUAUAUCUCUGUGUUCAUAUCUUGGAAACUUGUUGAAAGAUAUAAUGGGCAAUCUACUCUGUUGUAUACAAGUCGAUCAGUCAACGGUUGCCAUCAAAGAAAGAUUUGGCAAGUUUAAUGAUGUUCUUGAGCCAGGAUGCCAUUGUCUACCAUGGAUUUUGGGGUCUCAACUGGCUGGCCAUCUCUCUCUUCGGUUGCAGCAGUUAGAUGUUCGUUGCGAGACCAAAACAAAGGAUAAUGUGUUUGUCAACGUUGUUGCUUCUGUACAAUACCGUGUUAUCAUCGACAAGGCUAGUGAAGCUUACUACAAACUUAGCAAUCCCCGGACCCAAAUCCAAGCCUAUGUUUUUGAUGUGAUCAGAGCUAGUGUUCCCAAGCUAAACUUGGAUGAUGUUUUUGAGCAGAAAAAUGGAAUUGCUAGAGCUGUGGAGGAUGAGCUUGAAAAGGCUAUGUGUGCUUACGGAUAUGAAAUAGUUCAGACACUCAUUGUUGAUAUCGAACCAGAUGAACAUGUGAAACGAUCUAUGAAUGAAAUCAACGCAGCUGCAAGGAUGAGGUUGGCAACUAAUGAGAGAGCAGAAGCAGAGAAAAUCAUACAGAUUAAGCGAGCAGAGGGCGAGGCUGAAUCCAAGUAUCUGUCUGGUGUAGGCAUAGCUAGGCAGCGACAGGCGAUCGUUGAUGGCCUGAGAGAGAGCGUUGUUGGUUUCUCCUUGAACGUGCCGGGAACCACUGCCAAAGAUGUGUUGGACAUGGUCCUUCUAACACAGUAUUUUGACACCAUGAAAGAAAUAGGUGCCUCCUCCAAGUCCUCCACAGUGUUCAUCCCCCAUGGACCAGGGGUCGUACGAGAUGUUGCCACUCAGAUUCGAGAUGGGCUGCUUCAGGCAACCUCAUCUACUCACGACCAUUUGUAAAGAAUCGUUGUACAAUGCCCUUGUCCCCAAUAAGUUGGCUUAAUAUGCCUGCUUGCUAAGCUUAUUUAGCAUGUCAAUCAUCAUAGGCUGCAUAAUGGCGAGCUGAAAUAGGCCGAAUAUAUCGUACUAAAGGAAUUUAUGGCU